CUCUGGGAUGCGCCCGCCGCUGCAACUCAGCCCUCCAAAAGUCAGCUCCCGGGCGGCGGCGGCGCCUGCGUGCAGAGGCGCACUCGUGACCCAACAACAAAACAGCGAUGCCAAGGCGCUAACGGCGCCCGGUGCGUCCCAGGCUCCCUCUGGCCCCACAUCUCCUACGGCUGCGGUCCCCAACACCCCCAACCCGAGCCCCCCCUUCUCCCCAACUAGCCUAGCCGCAAGCUCCGAGCGCGAUCGCGAUCGGCAACAAUGUUUACGUUCCGGGGAUUAUGACGUCGACGCCUCCCCCCCCACAACUGCUGAAAAUGGUUUCCUAGGACUUUGCAAACGGAUCUGCUUAAGUCGUGCGAUUGACCGCCAGAGAUACGACGAGAACGAAGACUUGUCGGACGUGGAGGAAAUUGUCAGCGUCCGUGGCUUCAGCCUGGAGGAGAAGCUACGCAGCCACCUAUACCAGGGGGACUUCGUGCAUGCCAUGGAAGGCAAAGAUUUUAACUAUGAGUACGUACAGAGAGAAGCUCUCAGGGUUCCCCUGGUUUUUCGGGACAAGGAUGGACUAGGGAUCAAGAUGCCAGACCCUGAUUUCACAGUCCGAGAUGUCAAGCUCCUGGUGGGGAGUCGCCGUUUGGUGGAUGUGAUGGACGUGAACACCCAGAAGGGCACGGAGAUGAGCAUGUCCCAGUUCGUGCGUUACUAUGAGACACCAGAGGCGCAGCGGGACAAACUGUACAAUGUCAUCAGCCUCGAGUUCAGCCACACGAAGCUGGAACAUCUGGUCAAGCGUCCCACUGUGGUGGACCUGGUCGACUGGGUGGACAACAUGUGGCCCCAGCAUCUAAAGGAAAAGCAGACAGAAGCCACCAAUGCCCUUGCGGAGAUGAAGUAUCCCAAAGUGAAGAAGUACUGUCUGAUGAGCGUGAAGGGCUGUUUUACCGACUUCCACAUUGACUUUGGAGGCACCUCCGUGUGGUACCAUGUUUUCCGUGGUGGGAAGAUCUUUUGGCUGAUCCCUCCAACCCUGCACAACUUGGCUCUGUAUGAGGAGUGGGUGCUGUCUGGGAAACAGAGCGACAUCUUUCUGGGAGACCGCGUGGAACGCUGCCAAAGAAUUGAGCUGAAGCAAGGCUACACCUUUUUCAUCCCUUCUGGUUGGAUCCAUGCAGUGUACACACCCGUGGACUCUCUGGUGUUCGGCGGGAACAUCCUGCAUAGCUUCAACGUGCCCAUGCAGCUUCGGAUCUACGAGAUCGAGGACAGGACCCGGGUUCAGCCCAAGUUCCGUUACCCCUUCUACUAUGAGAUGUGCUGGUAUGUCUUGGAGAGAUAUGUGUACUGUGUGACCCAGCGCUCCUACCUCACCCAGGAAUACCAGAGAGAAUUACUGCUUAUUGAUGCCCCAAGAAAAACCAGUGUAGACGGCUUUUCAUCCGAUUCCUGGCUGGAGAUGGAGGAGGAGUCCUGUGAGCAGCAGCCCCAGGAGGAGGAAGACAAGGAGGAGGAAGGGGAUGGUGCAGAUAAAACACCCAAGCCACCCACCGAGAGCCCCACCUCACCCACCAGCACCCAGUCAGAAGACCAGGACAGCACAGGGAAGAAGCCGAGAGCCCCUGCCUUGCGAUUCCUCAAGAGGACUUUGUCCAAUGAGUCAGAGGAAAGUAUCAAAUCCGCAUCGAUGCCCAUAGACUACCCCAAGACACCCACGGGCUCCCCGGCCACUGAGGUUUCUACCAAGUGGACUCACCUUACCGAAUUUGAACUGAAGGGCUUGAAAGCCCUGGUUGAAAAGCUAGAGUCUCUUCCGGAGAAUAAGAAGUGUGUCCCUGAGGGAAUCGAGGACCCCCAGGCCCUCCUGGAAGGUGUAAAGAAUGUACUGAAGGAACACGUGGAUGACGACCCCAGCCUGGCCAUCACCGGAGUCCCCGUGGUCAGUUGGCCAAAGAAAACUCCAAAGAACCGGGUGGUGGGUCGGCCUAAGGGCAAGUUGGGCCCGGCCUCAGCGGUGAAGUUGGCUGCCAACCGAACAACAGCAGGAGCUCGCAGGCGCCGGACGCGAUGCCGCAAGUGCGAGGCCUGCCUGCGGACGGAGUGUGGAGAGUGCCACUUUUGCAAGGACAUGAAGAAGUUUGGAGGUCCUGGGCGCAUGAAGCAGAGCUGCAUCAUGCGGCAGUGCAUCGCGCCAGUGCUGCCCCACACCGCCGUGUGCCUUGUGUGUGGCGAAGCAGGGAAGGAGGACACAGUAGAGGAGGAAGAAGGCAAGUUUAACCUCAUGCUCAUGGAGUGCUCCAUCUGCAACGAGAUCAUCCACCCUGGAUGUCUUAAGAUUAAGGAAUCAGAGGGUGUGGUCAACGAUGAGCUUCCCAACUGCUGGGAGUGUCCGAAGUGUAACCAUGCCGGCAAGACCGGGAAACAAAAGCGUGGCCCUGGCUUUAAGUAUGCCUCCAACCUGCCUGGCUCCUUGCUCAAGGAGCAGAAGAUGAACCGGGACAACAAGGAAGGGCAAGAGCCUGCCAAGCGGAGAAGUGAGUGUGAAGAGGCUCCCCGUCGGAGGUCAGACGAGCACCCCAAGAAGGUGCCUGCAGAUGGCAUCCUCCGCCGAAAGUCUGAUGAUGUGCACCUGAGGAGGAAGCGGAAAUACGAGAAGCCCCAAGAGCUGAGUGGACGCAAACGAGCCUCGACGCUUCAAACGUCCCCCGGUUCCUCCUCUCACCUCUCGCCGAGGCCCCCUCUAGGCAGCAGUCUCAGCCCUUGGUGGAGAUCCAGUCUCACUUACUUCCAGCAGCAGCUAAAACCUGGCAAAGAAGAUAAGCUUUUCAGGAAAAAGCGGCGGUCCUGGAAGAACGCUGAGGAUCGUCUAUCGCUGGCCAACAAGCCCCUUCGGCGCUUUAAACAGGAACCAGAGGACGAUCUGCCUGAGGCGCCUCCUAAGUCCCGGGAAAGUGAUCAGUCCCGUUCCAGCUCACCCACUGCAGGGCCCAGCUACCUCAGCCACCAAGACCUGUGUGUGUGCAUGCGGGUCUGCAGGACCUGGAACCGCUGGUGCUGCGAUAAGCGGUUGUGGACCCGCAUCGACCUGAACCACUGCAAGUCCAUUACACCCUUGAUGCUGAGUGGCAUCAUCCGGCGACAACCUGUCUCCCUUGACCUCAGCUGGACCAAUAUCUCCAAGAAGCAGCUGAGUUGGCUCAUCAACCGGUUGCCUGGGCUCCGAGACUUGGUGCUGUCAGGCUGCUCAUGGAUUGCUGUCUCAGCCCUCUGUAGCUCCAGUUGUCCAUUGCUCCGGACCCUGGAUGUCCAGUGGGUAGAAGGACUAAAGGAUGCCCAGAUGCGGGAUCUCCUGUCUCCACCCACAGACAACAGACCAGGUCAGAUGGACAAUCGGAGCAAGCUCCGGAACAUUGUAGAAUUGCGCCUAGCUGGCCUGGACAUCACAGAUGCCUCCCUGCGGCUCAUUAUUCGCCAUAUGCCCCUGCUCUCCAAGCUCCAGCUCAGUUACUGUAACCACGUCACUGAUCAGUCCAUCAACCUGCUCACUGCAGUUGGCACCACCACCCGAGACUCUCUGACAGAGAUCAACUUAUCAGACUGUAAUAAGGUCACUGACCAGUGCCUGUCCUUCUUCAAACGUUGUGGAAAUAUCUGU